UCCUAACUUCACUUCAAAAUUCAAUUGACACAUCCCCUUACAUUUUCUUCGAAAUUUUGAGUUGAUCACCAUGUUUAAUUGUAGGUUCAGUCUCUUCUGUGUGCUGACCGUUUUAUGUAUCUCUUUAUGUGUUAGAAGUUCCAAUAUGAACAAGUGCGUGGAGACAGACAACCAAGCGCUUCUCAAGUUAAAACAUGGUUUUGUUGAUGGAAGUCACAUUCUAUCUUCGUGGAGCGGUGAAGACUGUUGCAAAUGGAAAGGAAUUUCAUGCAAUAAUUUAACUGGCCGGGUAAACAGAUUGGAUCUCCAAUUUUCUGAUUAUUCUGCACAAUUGGAAGGUAAGAUAGAUUCUUCAAUAUGUGAACUGCAGCAUCUCACUUUCUUAGAUGUCAGUUUUAAUGAUUUACAAGGAGAGAUUCCAAAGUGCAUUGGUUCACUUACUCAAUUGAUAGAGUUGAAACUUCCAGGGAAUGAAUUUGUUGGUUCUGUUCCUCGUACUCUGGCAAACCUUUCUAAUUUGCAAAAUCUUGAUCUUCGGGAUAAUAAUAAUUUGGUUGCAAAUGGCCUUGAAUGGCUUUCUCACCUUUCUAAUUUGAGAUACCUUGGUCUCUCAAAUGUCAAUCUAAGUAGAGUUGUUGAUUGGCCAUCAUCAAUAAGUAGAAUCCCUUCUCUUUUGGAGCUUUAUUUAGAUGUUUGUAGGCUACCUCAAGUCAAUCCUAAAUCUAUUUCCCACUUGAAUUCUUCCACUUCUCUCCAAAUCAUCAGUUUUACCUCAAAUGAAUUAGACUCUUCAAUUCUAUCAUGGGUGCUUAAUGUUAGCAAAGUGUUCACAUCUCUGGAUCUCUCUCACAAUUCUUUGCAUAGUGUUCCAGAUGGAUUUGCAAACAUCACUCUGUGUCAAGUAAAGAGGUUGUCCCUGAGUCACAACAAAUUAUCUGGCCAACUCAGUGACUACUUACCAGAAUCAUGUUCUGCACAACAUGAUUUAGAGGAGUUGGAUCUAAGCCACAACCCAUUUAGUAGUGGGCCACUUCCGGAUUUUUCAUGGUUUUCAUCCUUGAAGAGACUAUCGCUUGAAUAUACCAAUGUUGUUGGGCAGUUAUCAAUAUCAUUUGAUCAUUUGCGGAGUCUUGAAGAUUUGGAUGUUUCCCAUAAUCAAUUGAGUGGGCCAAUUCCAUAUACUAUUGGACAACUUUCUAAUCUGACGCACUUGUAUCUAUGUUCGAAUAAGUUGAAUGGUAGCAUUAGUGAAGCGCAUCUGUCAGGCCUGUCAAGAUUGAAGACAUUGGAUGUAAGUCGAAAUUCACUUUCAUUUAACUUGGAUCCAAAUUGGGUUCCACCUUUCCAAUUGGGGUGGUUAUCUGCAUCAUCGUGCAUUUUGGGACCUCAAUUCCCAACGUGGCUCAAAUAUCAAAGAAAACUAAGGGUGCUGCAACUCUCUAAUACUGGUAUCAAAGAUUCAUUUCCUAAAUGGUUUUGGAACAUCUCUUCAACUUUGUCAUACUUAAAUGUUUCACAUAAUAAACUUAGUGGAGUCUUACCAAAAUCAUCAGAGAGUAUAAAAACAGAGCAUACAAGGGAUAGAAAUAAUAUAUUGGAUUUUAGUUUCAACAAUUUGUCUGGUUCACUACCAAUUUUUUCUUCCAAUUUAUAUGUUCUACUUCUCUCAAAUAAUAUGUUCUCAGGGUCUUUAUCUUCCCUUUGUGCAAUAUCGCCAGUAUCUUUAGCUUUUCUUGACCUGUCUGGUAACAUACUAGCAGGGUCACUUCCGGAUUGUUGGGAGAAAUUUAAAAGUUUGGAAGUUUUGAAUUUGGAAAACAAUAACUUAUCAGGGAGAAUACCCAAGUCAUUUGGUACUUUACGAAAAAUUAAGUCAAUGCAUUUAAAUAACAACAACUUCUCUGGCAAAAUUCCAUCUUUGACCCUUUGUAAAAGCUUAAAAGUCAUUGAUUUUGGAGAUAACAUAAUUGAAGGAACAUUACCAACAUGGGUCGGCCACAACUUGCUUGAUUUAAUUGUUUUUAGUCUACGAGGUAACAAGAUCCAAGGAACCAUACCCACAAGUCUAUGUAAUCUAUUAUUUCUUCAAGUAUUGGAUCUCUCUACAAAUAAUAUUACAGGGGAAAUACCACAAUGCCUCAGCCGCAUAGCUGCUUUGUCAAAUAUGGAGUUUCAAAGAAGCUUUAUUUUAUAUUUCAGAGAUGGAUAUUCCGAUGAUACAUCAAGUCUACCUUCUAUUGAAAUAACAGUAAUGUUAGCAUGGAAAGGACAAAACAGAGAAUUCUGGAAGAAUCUUGGGCUUAUGACAAUCAUUGAUCUUUCUGAUAACCACUUAACUGGAGGGAUACCCCAAAGUAUAACAAAACUUGUGGCAUUAAUUGGCUUAAAUCUUUCUGGAAAUAAUCUCACAGGAUUCAUUCCGAACGACAUUGGUCACAUGAAAAUGCUGGAAACCUUUGACUUGUCCAGAAACCAUCUCCAUGGUCGAAUGCCAAAAAGUUUUUCAAAUUUGAGUUUUCUCAGUUAUAUGAACUUGUCUUUCAAUAACUUAUCUGGAAAAAUUACAGUAAGCACUCAACUACAAAGUUUUACUGCCGCUUCAUAUGCAGGGAACAUUGGGCUUUGUGGCCCACCACUUACAAACCUAUGCUCAGAGGAUGUGGUCCCACCAUAUGGAAUAAUUGAUAAAAGUGACAGCAAUGAAGAUGAGCAUGAACUUGUAGACAUUGGGUUUUACAUCAGUCUUGGGUUGGGAUUUAGUGCUGGAUUUUGUGGUGUUUGUGGAACUUUAAUUAUAAAAAGUUCAUGGAGACAUGCCUAUUUCCAGUUCUUUAACCACAUAAAUGAUUGGAUAUAUGUAACAAUCAUUAUCUUUUGGGUUACAAUGAAAAGGAAAUUCCAAAUUCAGCCAUGAAAGAGUCCUUCAUGCAGAAGACUGUGGGGGUCCUAUAAGGGUUCUUGAUCCAUUGCACUCUAACCUGAAUCCCAGAGGAUAUUAUUCUGGUUAGCUUUCCAUCUUCGCAUGGCUUUUAGUCCUGUGAAAAGGGAGAGAGGAAAACCGAGAAGGACACUGAAGGAAGUGGCGAAGAAGGAUCUAAUGGCAAAUAACAUCUCUAAGGAUUUGGUUUCUAACAGAGUCUAAUGGCAUCACGUGAUCCAUACAGCCGAUCUCACUUUGUGGAAUAAGGCAUUUAUUGUUGUUGUAAUUUUCCAUUUUAUCUUGGUGUAAAAUAUUGUACUGCUUAAAAUAGUAGGAGUUUAUGUUGUUGUUUCAUUAAUGUUGUUUGUCAAAUGCGAAAUGAAAGUUCAAUUCUAAUCUGCCUAAUGAACUGACAUGGCUAAUUUUAUUA